AUGGCCAAGCUCAACUCCAAGCCCGAAUACUUUGUUGAGGCUCUUGAUAUUUGUGAAGAACAAGGACUUAUCCCUUUGAUUACCUUCACCCAUAACUUCUCCAAGGAGGUGAUAUGCCAAUUCUAUGCCACUGCGGUGUUUGUCCAAGAAGAGUCCGGUGCCCGUUCUAUCAAGUGGAUGACAAGGGAGCACGUGAUGGAGGCCACUUGGGAUGAGUUUGCAAGAGGCCUAGGCUAUGAACUCCCCAACAACGACAACAACUACUUCCGAAUCCAUCUUCAACACAAGCCCAUGAGCAAGGACAAGAUGGCCAACCUCUAUAUCCCCGAGAGAAUGAUGUGCGGAAGUGCUUAUGACCUCCUCCCCGCUUACGACAUCAUGAAUCGCAUCUACCGCAACACCAUCAACCCCAAGCACACCAACCACGAUGAAGUGCAUGGCUUUCUUGUGAACCUCCUUGUGCGCACUCACGAGUUGAAGGGCAGCGGCAAGCAAUUGGAUAUCAUGGACUACAUUUUGCAUGAGAUGCAAGAUUGUGCUUUCCUCCGCAAGCUCCCCCAAUAUGCACCGUACAUCAUGAGGCUCAUUUGCCUCAAGUGGGAUGAGGCCGGCCGUGGAGACCUCCUAGCCCAAUGCUACCCCAUCACCAUUCACAAGGAGCGCAGCCCCGCUGUCAAGAAGCACUCUCUCCGAAGGUAUAGCAAGAAUGCCCCCAAGGACAAGGAAGAGGAGGAGUCCGAUAGUGAUGAAUCUUACUUUUUUCUCUCUUGGACUCCUUGGCCUACCUCUGUACGUAGUUCGUCUCCAAUGGAGCGGUUAGCCGUCGUCUUCUUCUUCCACGCGUCCUGGCUGCUGGCCGCCGUCGUUGGCCACCACGACCACGGCGUGCACAAGAACUACCUCAUCAUCGUGCGGCAGCCGUACGAGUACGACCGGCGUGUGUACAAGGACGUGUCGAGCUGGCACGCGUCGCUGCUGGCGUCGGUGUGCGAUCAGGCCAAGGAGGAGCUGGAAGCGGACCCGGCCAACGCGCCGCGGCUCAUCUACUCGUACCGCAACGUCGUCAAUGGCUUCUCCGCGCGCUUGACCACGGACGAGCUCGGCAAGAUGGCGCAGGCGGACUGGUUCGUCAAGGCGGUGCCCGAGAAGACCUACCAGCUCAUGACCACGCACACGCCACGGAUGCUCGGGCUCACCGGCCCCAUCUUCCACAGCGGCGUGUGGAACAGGAGCAACAUGGGCGAGGGGAUCAUCAUCGGCGUCCUGGACGGCGGCAUCACCCCCGGGCACCCGUCGUUCGACGGCACGGGCAUGCCGCCGCCGCCGGCCAAGUGGAAGGGCCGGUGCGACUUCAACAGCUCGGCGUGCAACAACAAGCUCAUCGGCGCGCGGUCCUUCUUCGAGUCGGCGAGGUGGAACUGGAAAGGGGGCGACGAUCCGGUGCUUCCCAUCGACGAGAGCGAACACGGGACGCACACGUCGAGCACUGCGGCCGGCGCGUUCGUGCCGGGAGCUAACGCAAUGGGCAGUGGCAUGGGCACGGCGGCCGGCAUGGCGCCCCGCGCGCACCUGGCGUUUUACCAGGUGUGCUUCGUGGGCAAGGGCUGCGACCGCGACGACAUACUCGCGGCGAUCGACGACGCCAUGGAGGACGGCGUCGACAUGCUCUCGAUAUCCAUCGGCGACGACAAUGCCGGAGACUUCGCCGCCGACCCCAUUGCGCUCGGGGGAUACAGCGCCAUCAUGAGAGGCAUCUUUGUGUGCACGGCUGCUGGGAACAACGGCCCGGACGUAGCGACGGUUGCCAACGAGGCGCCGUGGCUGCUCACCGUGGGCGCGGCCACAACCGACCGGAGGGCCGUUGCCGAUGUUAAGCUUGGCAAUGGAAUCGAGAUCAGAGGUGAAUCAUACUACCAGCCGAGCACCUACGUGAGCAAACUGCGGCCGUUGGUGAGGGACACCGCCGCCGACGGCACGUGUUCGGACAAGAGCGUCCUAACGUCCGAGCAAGUCAGCGGAAAGAUUGUGCUUUGCUACACCGGCGGCAACCUGACCAACCUCCAGAAGGGGAGCAUCCUGCACGACGCCGGCGCUGCCGCCGUGAUCAUCGUUUCACAGGACUGGGCUGGGUCCGUGAUCUCACCCAAGGCGCAUGCCCUCCCAGCAGCGCAAAUCGAAUACAAUUCAGCGGAGAAGAUCCAGGCGUACAUGAAUUCCUCCAAGAACCCGACGGCUCGACUGGUCUUCAGGGGGACGGUGUUAGGCAACCGCGUGUCGCCGAUCGCGGCGCCAUUCUCGUCGCGGGGACCGAGCAAGCAGAACCCGGGGAUUCUCAAGCCUGACAUCACCGGCCCUGGAGUGAACAUAAUCGCCGCCGUCCCCAAGCCCGAGGGACUCGCCCAGCCACCCAACGAACUGGCGUACAAGUUCGACAUCAUGUCCGGCACGUCCAUGGCCGCGCCGCACAUCAGCGGUAUCGCCGCGCUGAUCAAGAAAGCGCACCCGACGUGGUCGCCGGCAGCGAUCAAGUCGGCCAUGAUGACGACGACCGACAUAAGGGAUCGGCGCCGGAUGCCGAUACUGGACUAUGACGGUCAUCAUGCCAACAUGUUUGCGCUGGGCGCCGGUUUCAUCAACCCCACGAGGGCCAUGAACCCGGGACUGGUGUACAACCUCAGCGCCCAUGACUACAUCCCCUACCUGUGCAGGCUCGGGUACAGCGACCACGAGAUGAACUCCAUCAUCCACCCGGCGCCACCAAUGUUGUGCGCGCAGCAACCGGUGGUCGAACAGAAGGACCUCAACUACCCGUCCAUCACCGUCGUCCUCGACGAGGAGCCCUACGCCGUGAACGUCAGCCGCGCGGUGACGAACGUCGGGAACGGCAAGGCGGUGUACACGGCGUCGACCGACGAGGUUCCGCCGACGCUCUCGGUGACGGUGACGCCGAGCAGGCUCAGGUUCAGCGCGGUGAACGAGGUGCAGACCUUCACGGUGACCAUCAGCAGCAAGAACGUGCGGCUGAAGAAACGCAUCACGGAAGGGCAGCUCAAGUGGGUCUCGGGGAAGCACGUCGUGCGUAGCCCUAUCGUCGUGUCCUCCAAGAAGUUCUUCCAGAACCAGAAGAACACGACGAGUACGGAUCAGCACACGGCGGGCUGA